CUCCUUCACACCAUUCCCUCGAUAUUCUCGUGUAGCAGAGUUCUUAGAUGCAUGGAGUCAUCGGUCUAUUUAAAUAUCCUGUCGUUACCCCAAACCUUUUCUUUUACCGUGAUUCCUCCACCAACGUUGUUUCUAUAACAACCACCAUCGCGUCCUCCUCGCUCCGACCACCACUCGGCUGUCACUUCUUCGCAGGACUCCAGCAUGUCUUUUCGUCCUUUAUGAUGCUCAUCAGACAUCUUCAUUCUCGACGUCCGACCCUCCCAAAUCUAUAAUUGCGCGUCAUGUCUUCCCCAUCCCUCCCCUCCGAUGGGGCUACUCCACGAUCCGAUCUCACCGCCCACGGUGGAAAUGACAUGGACUCUGCUGGACUCGACAUUCCACGGCGGUUGAUGAAAGUGAAAGUUCUUUAUACUUUCGACGAUCAGAACAAGACCAACUGCCUCGCCCGACUGCCGAACGCCGUGAAUGUCCCCGUGGUCGAUCUCGAUGACUCAACUCAGAUUGGGGUGAUUGAACUGAGGACCUGCAUCCAAGCAAUCAUCACAGCAAGUCCGGAACUGAUCUCCAAACUCGAACACGAUUAUACCGUCUAUGCGUACGACUUCUCCGAAUAUGACACUCCUCUGGUCGGACAGGGCCUGUUAUCCGCCGUCCUUACUUCUGGUUCCACUCCAAAUGCUCCUCUGAGCGAUUCACAACCCAUGAUCACGGGCCGAGUAUGCAGGAAUAUAUUGGGUAUAUUCUCAGGUGGUGCUUCCGAGACUCUAGAGGUGAAAUUGAGGCUGGUUCCGGUACCAUCAUCCUCACAAACGGAGUAUAUGGCGAACAUGGAGCGUUAUCGCAGCAUGAAUCGACCGAUGCCGGAUGGAUAUGAAAAUGCUGCUUGGACGAAUUAUCCCCGCGAAUACCAGGACGACGGUCGGCUGACCGGUCACUCGGGGUCGCCACCAGCCCAACCCCAGAUGCAACGCGGCAGCCUUCAGAGAUCGUAUUCCAUGGCCUCGGAUUCGCUACACGAUAUACUAGCCCCGAGGGCCCGGGCGGCAGAUUUCUCCGAUGCGGGUAUGACUCCUGCGUACAGCAUUGAAGGUAGCCGAGUUGGGAGCCCCACUCCAAGUGUCCGGUCCGCGAAUGGUCUAUCCCAAGGACCGCAACAAUACCCCCAACCGACCAGACCUCCCUCGAGAGCAUCCGUCCGUGGUGACAUGACAAAUCAGCAAAUGUCUGACUGGGGCGAAGGAGAUAUUGAGGAAGGCCCGGCAAAGAAGCGUGCACGUCUCGAACAGGUGGAAUGGCGUGGUAAGACAGCUUUCGGAGCCAAGCAAGAUUCUUUGCGGGUUGCGGCGAGUACCCAGGCCUCUAUUCGCGGUCAUCGUCCACUUCCCGGUCAUCUUAUGGCUCAAGGCCAUGAUGGUCCAGGGCGAGCUCCAACUCCUCGACCACAAAGGUUCGCUCAACCAGAUCGCCGCCCGUCUCAAGCUGGGAUGAGUACACUGCGUCAGGAAUCUGCCUACGACUUGGUGGAUUAUAUGUCGCCUGAUCCAACAAUGCCCCCAACUGCCCCUCAAGUUGACUCAGGGCUCUACUCUGCGGAGGACGAACAAUCAGGCAGUCACUAUGCGUCUCCCACUUCGGAUAUCCCUUCAUCGCCGCCCGAACUUCCUACACGCCGAGACAUUAUCCAGCCCGCGCUAAAUAGCCCUGCACCGGCGACGCAGAUUAAUCCCAACGACUCCGGGUUCGGAAGUGAUACUGUCGAUAUACAAGAUCAACGAGUCCGAAACAAGGAGCAGGGAAAGAAAAAGCAGCUAGAGGCAAUCCAUAAGAGAAAUUCCACGACCGACUGGAUAUCUCACUGCUAUGGACCCCAGGAACUCCUCCCAUCCAAGAUGCACUUGACGGAAAAUUUUGAGCGGGCCCAGAAGAAUUUGACAUCCUACCAAGCACGGCUUCAAAGUGCGGCGGCUGACCUACCACCACCAGCCAGUCAGUCACACAGAACACAAGCUCCAGGAGUCAAUCAGUCCGAUCUACCCGAUGAGAGACCUAUGAAUCCUCUUCCCUCCGAAAACCCGAUUCCUAGCACACCUUGUCCUGCAAGCAAGGCCCCAGACCGGCCCAUUCUCGCGACCAGUGCCCCCGAAUCGAACAUAAACGUGCUUCCACCUUUUAUGUUAGAGACUAGCACAGUGGAAGUCCGGCGUCCAGGCAAAGGGAACACGAAACCCGCCAAAAAAUCAUCUAAAUCGAAUUCACAACCACGAUCACGCGCAAACUCCAAAGCGCCACUCGCCGCUGAGCAGAAUGGAGAGGCACCUGGUUCUACGCCUGCACCGGAGGGGCCUCAAGAACCUCCAAAACCUCGGAGUGGCUCCGGUGCUCGUCGUAAGAAGAUGAUCCAGGACAACCUCGAAAGUGCCAUUCGAUCGGGUGAGAUGCCACGGUUUUGCAUCAAUUGUGGUGACAUCAAACCCUCCACAUGGCGAAAGGCUUUUACACGCGUCGUAGACGGCGAUCCUGCAGACGUGGUGCUCCGCAAUGAGGCUGGUGGCAUUCUGUGCACUGAAGUCCUGGAGAGGGACGAAGAUGACCGUGUGACCAAAUAUCGGAUCUAUAAGAAGUCGCCGGGACCCGAAGACAAGGUCGGCGACAACAUUGAGGAGGUCACACUUUGCAACUCUUGUGGUAUUUAUUUCGUCUCCAAAGGCGCCAUGCGACCCUCAUUCCUCUGGGGCAAGCGACAAAAGCCCGGAGAAUCAAAGAUGAGCCGCCAAAGGAAGAAGAAAAUCGAGUAUACCGGCCUUCCUCAACCCUCAUCAGACUUCUUCGCUCCGCCUCAAUCGGAUGCUGGCAUGAGUGUCGAUGGUACGGGCGAAAACGGCUCUCCUGACGAUGCCUUGAACACAAAUGCGGCGCCAGCCGAUCAAGCGGAGCGUCAGCCUUCAACAUCAAAGGAUGAUUCAGCAGCUGCGGCUCCGCAGGAUGCUCUUCAAGCGACUCCAGAAAACGCGAGGCCCGAGGUGCAACAGAACUCUGCGGAAAUUGGGGUUGACCCGACACCUAAACCGACUCGUCGGUUGCUCUUCCCUUCGCCGCGAAAGGAUGGGGAAAUGAAGCUGCUUGGUGAAGAUCCCGCGUCUUCAAAAGCGUCUCUAGCUGGAUCGCCGCCUCACUCCGAGUCCGGGAAUGGAAAUUCUAUGGGGCCCUCGCAAACGGAUGCACAAGGCGAUGGAGCUCAAUUCACAAAUGAAGACGCAUCUGAAACCCCAGCGGACCAGACCAACGAAUCUACCGAGGCAGACAAGGAGAACCAUCCGCCUCCAAUUUCAGACUAUGAGCUCGCGCACCUGUUCGACGACCUUCCCGAAAUCGCCUCGCCAUCCGCUCCCAAGACCCCACGGAAAACCCCUCAAUCCAACAAAUCGAAUUCGACAUUCAGCUUCGCAUCUCUUCUCAAAACCCCCACCCCUGCCACUCGACGGUCCAUCCGAAUCGCGGAGAAGAGCGGCGGGAAAGAUCGAUCGUCACGCUCGAGACGACAACGCGAUGGUGAUCAGGACAACGAGUUCAGCGCCACCCCUUCCCGAUCCUCGAAGCGGAGGCGCAGACGUUCCCUCGUUGAAGCCGAUGACAACGCGCUGGAUGGCAACGAUGGUCUCCCACCCACCAACCUCGGCGUGCACAUGACGCCCUUUACCGCGCAACUCAACCAAAUGCUGAGCGACGGACUGUUCACCAGUCCUCAUCGCACGUUCGGCCUCCUCAGCUCUCCCGGACGCGUAUGGGGCGCGGGCCAGAUGGACGGCGGCAUGCAGCUUGACGGGGCCGAUUGGACGAGCGACGGGUUCUUCGAGGACGCGGGGCUGAUGCAGUUGCAGAUCCCCGGCGACGCGGCGGGGCUCGGGAUGGCGGGGUUCGUUGGCCAGGGAAACGGAAAGGGAAUCGAUCAGGCGGGUGUAAUGACAGACGCCACGGUGCCGUCGAGUCCGCCGGCGCUCAACGAGUCGGCGCUGGGGUUCGAGUUCUACGUCGAUCCGGACGCGGAUGAGGAUUGGAGCGUGCCGAGGGAGAUGGGCGGGCUGGGGCUCCAGGAUGCGGUGAAGCCGAUGCAGGAGGUGGGUGUAGGAGGAAUGCAGGGCAGCGCUGUCGACGUGAUGGAGAAGACUGCGGGUUGAUGGGCGAUAUGUAGCGAAUUCAGCGAUGCGCUGGAACUGGUGUUCAAUUGGUUUUUUUGGGUGUAUCAAUCACGGACGGGGGACUGUGGUUCUCGACGUCAACGGCGAUUCACCAUUCAUGUACUGAUGCCGAUCACGACCAUCACCAUUCAUAGGAGCGAGCGAAUUGAAGUUGCGGGAUUGCAUGAGCAUCACUUCAUCAUCCAUGUACCUACAUGCUGGGAAGAAAUCAACGCAAUAAGGCUAGAAGAAAUGGGACGAACAAUCAGCCCGGACGCCGAACAAUGAAGAAAACAUGGACUUCCUCUCCUUCCUAACAAUCCCAACGCCGUUACGCACGAACGACAUGACUUCCUUCCCGUGACGCGCCUUUGCUCGUUUGUCGAGCGAAGUGGAAUGCAAGCCGUAACACAUCAGAGCUCAUCUACACUCCAUCGAACACGUUCUCGACACCCCAGAGUACUCACUUCCUCCCCCCGACAGCGAUG